UUCGCCAGAACGCAGGCGGUGAUGGAGGAGAUCGCACGUAGGAAUUUGGGAGACCGGACCGAUGGCUCCCACCACCAAGACGGCAGCAGCUCGGACACAGAGUCGGACUUUUACGAGGAAAUUGAUGUCAGCUGCACCCCGGAAAGCAUGGACUACCCCUCAAAUAAAGAUGGAAAUGGGGAUUCACCAGGUGUGCCAAGCGAUUCUGGUUCUGACCCCGGCAAGCCUGCCCCAGGUCCGAAUUCUCUGUCCUAUUCGGCCGAUCAGAUUCGUCGGUACCGAACAGCCUUCACCCGGGAGCAAAUCGCGCGUUUGGAGAAGGAAUUUUACCGAGAGAACUAUGUGUCCAGACCGAGAAGGUGCGAGCUGGCGGCCGCAUUGAAUCUACCAGAAACCACCAUUAAGGUGUGGUUCCAGAACCGGCGGAUGAAGGACAAGCGUCAACGUCUGGCUAUGACGUGGCCCCACCCGGCCGACCCCGCCUUCUACACCUACAUGAUGAGCCACGCGGCGGCCACAGGAGGCCUGCCCUAUCCCUUCCCGUCCCACCUGCCGCUGCCCUACUACUCGCACCUGGGGGUCGGGGUCGGCACCGGCUCCUCUCCGGCGCCUGCCCCCGCCCCGCUGCGCUCCCUGGACGGCUUCCGCAUGCUGCCUCACCCCUACCAGAGACCAGAACUCCUGUGCGCCUUCAGGCACCCGUCCUUGUACCACCACAGCUCGGCUCACGGGCUCGGGCCCGGGGGGACCCCGUGCACUUGUUUGGCCUGCCACUCAGCCUCUUCCGGCGGCUUGUCAUCCAGGGCUCCCCCGGCCUCAGACUUUGGCUGCUCCCCAACGAGCAGGACUGAGGCUUUUGUCACAUUUACGCCUUCCGUGUUGAGCAAAGCUUCCCCCGUGACGGUGGACCAACGCGAGGAGGUUCCGCUCACCAGAUAG